AUGAGACCAGUCCCUGCCUGCAGUGGAGCCAUGGACAAUGACCACCUCUGGGACACCACGUGGCACUGGAAUUCCAGCCCCAUGGCCGAGGUGCCAUGGGGUCCUUGUGCUCAGACGUGGCCAGACAUCCCAACCUGCCCAGAAAAGCUCAAGCAGCACAAAAUCAUCUUCGUGGUGGGUGGCCCCGGCUCAGGGAAAGGGACACAGUGUGAGAAGAUUGUCCAGAAGUAUGGCUACACCCACCUCUCCACGGGGGACCUGCUGCGGGCUGAGGUCAGCUCAGGCUCCGAGCGGGGCAAGAAGCUGCAGGCCAUCAUGGAGAAGGGAGAGCUGGUGCCCCUGGACACAGUGCUGGACAUGCUGCGGGAUGCCAUGGUGGCCAAAGCAGACGUGUCCAAGGGCUUCCUGAUCGACGGGUACCCCCGCGAGGUGAAGCAGGGAGAAGAGUUUGAAAAGAAGAUCGCUCCCCCCACGCUGCUGCUCUAUGUGGAUGCAGGGAAGGACACAAUGGUGAAACGCCUGCUGAAGCGAGGGGAGACCAGCGGGAGGGUGGAUGACAAUGAGGAGACCAUCAAGAAGCGUUUGGAGACCUACUACAAGGCCACUGAGCCUGUCAUUGCCUUCUACAAGAGCAGAGGCAUUGUCCGCCAGCUCAACGCCGAGGGCUCCGUGGAUGAGGUUUUCCAGCAGGUCUGCACCCACCUCGACUGCCUGUAACGGAACCCCCGGCCCCAGUUCCCCCCAGUGCACUCCAGCAGAGACAGCGGAAGCGGCUUUAUCCUGUUUUCGUGGACGGAGCCAUGCGGAGGAAAUUUCAAGGACAUUGUGUUUGGCUCUUUCCCGUCUCUCCCCAGUAAAGUUCACUUUAAUGAAUCCAGACUUUAUCUUUUUCUUCUGUCGCAGGAAAUGAGUUUUUCUUUCCAGAGGAAUUUUUUUUUUCUCUCCCCCUCUGUCCGUCCCCCCCCAGCCCCUCUGGAGCUGAUUAAGGGCAGGAAGCGGGUGUUUAUCCCACCGGGGCGGCGAGAUGCUGUGCUCAGAGGAAGGGAGGGAGCAU